AUGGACACCGCGCUAGUGGCGCCUCGGGGAUCCCCGUCCCAGUCUCAGCUGGGAGAUACUUCACCAACGAGAGAGAAGGUCGACGAGGACUUGGCACCCAAGAAGACUGCCGUAAGGAAGAGGACAAAGACGGGUUGUCUCACUUGCCGAAAACGUCGAAUCAAGUGUGAUGAAGGAAGACCCACAUGCAACAACUGUAUAAAGUCGAAAAGAAACUGCGAAGGUUACAACCAACGCGUAAUAUUCAAAGAUCCUCUCGGGUUUGCUCCCUUUGGCCAUCCUCUGGUAUAUCCGACACACUCGCCACAGACGCUUGCGAGAGAACAACAGCUAUCAGCGGCGCAACAAAAGGCCUCGUCCCAGUCCCUGCAAAUCAUCGCCCCCAAACCACCACCUCUUGGGUACCAUGCCGCCGUGCCCCCGUUCAGCAAUGUAUUCCCUGGGCAGGCUGGGCCAUCGGCAUCACCCCCCCUGAAUUUCGACAUCAACGCGUUUGGCAUACAACCCACACCAACGUCGUCCAAACUUACCUUUUUCCCGCCCGAGACUGGGGGCGUGUUCACACCAAACCCAUGGAGACGGAAGCAGCAACAUCAGCUGGAGCCGCAGUACGAUUUCUUACAGUACGACCCAGGACGAACCAAGGAGAACACUUUCGAGAAUGUUUCGCCGGUGUCGCCAGUGGCACCGCAACAGGUGAAGGGCAAGCAACAUGAGGAAUGCGAGCCGGCCCUAGUCCCAGAGCCCCAGCUUGACCCAUGGGAGCUGGCGGAGUCUGAUGAGGAUGCUUCAAUGGGGGAGUCGGAUGAGGAGCUCAUGCCACAGAGAGACUCGCAAUUUGAGCUAAACGAGCUCGGCCUCAUAGUCUCCCAAAGACUGAACGAUCGAUAUGAUGCUUUUGGAACUCAGGCAAGAACCUUCUCGAGGUUCGCAGCUAACACUGUCCUCGCAACGUACGAGCCAUCGCCUGCAAACUCGCCCCUCAAUGACAAGCAAAUCGCCUCCGUGUUCUGGCAUUUUGUCAACGUUACUGGACCCAGCAUAUCGCUUUACGAGAGGCAUCCAUUUGAUCCGUCCCCUUUCAUCCAGGAAGGAUCCGUUGUUGCUCCCCAAGGUCGCCAGCAUAUCUGGACUUACACAUUCCCCGUCUUGUCAUUCAAUCGCCAAGCUGCAAAUGGUGCCCCGACGGCAUCCCUGCGACACUACCAUCUUGCUCUCAGGCGGGUGGCCCGUAACGUGGGCAGGGUGAAUAAACGCACGCAACCAUCAAAUCUAGCUGCUACGUUGCUCCUUGCGUACUACGAGGUGUGGAACUCUGACCAUGAGAAGUGGAGCAAGCACCUGCUGGGCGCCCGGUUGAUCCUCAAGGACAUCCCAUACUCGGAGAUGACGCGGUCGAUGAUGGCCAUUAAGCGGCGUCUGCGGCAAAAAAAGGAACAGAGGAAGCAGCAACAAGCGCAGGCUGAAAGAAGUGACCCGUUUGGCUGGGAAGGGACGUACAAUGCGUGGGGCGGGUUAGACUAUAAUCAGCCAGACGCACCCUUGGAUGAGCCAGAUCCGUUAUACAACGACUGGGAUCAAAUUAAUGUGUCGCUGCUGACAUCGAUCACGGGGAGGUUAGUGACGCAUGACGAGCUGGGCAUGGUUCCAGAAGAGCAAAGGGCAUACCCGAGGAGCAGGCACAAGUUCACUGAAAAGGACACGGAGACGUAUGAGCAGCUCAGUGAUUUAUUCUGGUGGUAUUGCAAGAUGGAUGUCUAUCAAAGCAUUUUAGGUGCUACCAAGUUAUUCAUGGACUAUAACAUGUGGACGCAGUGCCCCCCACGAGCACCGAUGGGUCGUCUGGACGCCACUUACGGAACAUACGACCACCUCAUGCUCCUUCUGGGGCGCCUAGCAAACUUUGCUUCCCGUGACCUUAUGCGCAAGCGGCGCGUUCUUCGCAAGGCCGGCACAUUUGGGCCCUCGGGCGCGCCUCCGGGCACGUUCCCCGGCAUGAUGCCGGCCUCAAAUCGGGUUCCGCUACCCAUGGGCUUCAGCCCGCCCCGCGAACAAGACGCCCCUUCGCCACAAUCCGACUCACUCGAGGACGCAGAUCUCGAGGCCUCGACCGAGAUCGCCCGGGCCGAGUGGGAAGGCAUCAAAGCCGGUUUCGCAGCCCUCCGCGAACACUUCGGACCCGAGUUCGAACCCAUGGGGCUCGACAUGUACCCCGUGGUCGGGACAACGCCGUUUGGCCCCGCGGCCAAGUACCGCACGUACGGCAUUGCCGGCAUCUGGAUGAACUAUUACAUGGGCAUGAUUUUGCUGUACCGCGCGCACCCCACCAUGCCACCCGUCGCCAUGAUGGCAGCUGGUCGUGCCGCCCGCGAGACAGGCUUCUACGCCAAUGAGAUCGGGCGCAUUGCCGCGGGACUCGAGGAGAAUGUCGAUUUGUUACCCGAGAUCAGCACGUUAGUGGGCGCUGCCUUUAUCGAGAGCGCCUUUUGUUUAUUCGUGGCUGGGGUGCAGUAUGAAAACCCCUCCCAACGCGACUGGGUGAUCCGGCGCUGCCACGACAUCGCCCGCCUCACGGGCUGGCAAUCGGCGCGCCAGAUUGCCGAUGGCUGCGAGUCGGCUUGGGUCAAGGCCGCCUCGCUCGGCCGUGGGCCCAUGUAUCAGCGCAGCCCCGAUAUCAAUGUCGAUAGGAUGCCGCCCAUCUUGGGCAACCCGCGGCGUAUCGACCGCCACAUUCAGGAGGUCACGGAUGCUGAUAACGGGAGUAACAGUAACAAUAAAAUCGUGCUGGCCAAGGAGGAGAAGGCGCACUAUGCCAUGGGGCUGUUGGCUGUGGAGCAGGAUCUGGAAAAGCUGGAUUUGGAUAGUAGUGAGAGGGAUAGGGGGUGA